AUGGAGUUCACGGUGAUCGACUACAGCAUCUUCGCGCUGCUGCUGGUGCUGUCGUCAGCCAUCGGGCUCUUCUAUGCGCUCAGCGGGGACCGGCAGCGCACGGUACAGGAAUUCCUCCUGGCCAACCGCAACAUGGGGUUCCUGCCUGUGGCCCUCUCCCUGCUGGCUACCUUCCAGUCGGCCGUGGCCAUCCUGGGCGUGCCGGCCGAGAUCUAUCGCUUUGGCACCGAGUACUGGUUCCUUGGCUGCUCCUACUUCCUGGGGCUGCUCAUCCCGGCCCACGUCUUCAUCCCCGUCUUCUACCGCCUGCGCAUCACCAGCACCUACGAGUACCUGGAGCUGCGCUUCAACAAGACGGUGCGGAUCUUCGGCACCGUCACCUUCAUCUUCCAGAUGGUGAGUGGGGCAGGGGGCUCCUGCUACGCCGUCUUCCCCUGCCAGCAGAUCGUCCUCUGCCUCAGCUGCCUGACGGGCCUCGUCAUGUUCGUCUACAACCGGGAGCACCCGCUGGCGCCCGCCCAGCGCCCCAGCUCCUCCGACCAGCUGGUGCUGUACUUCGUGAUGGACGUGCUGCAGGACCUGCCAGGGCUGCCCGGGCUCUUUGUCGCCUGCCUCUUCAGCGGGUCCCUCAGCACCAUCUCCUCUGCCUUCAACUCGCUGGCCACGGUGACGAUGGAGGACCUGGUCCGGCCCCACUGCCCCGGGCUGUCGGAGUCGCGGGCCACGCUGCUCUCCAAGCUGCUGGCUCUUGGUUACGGAUUGCUCUGCCUGGGGAUGGCCUACGUGUCCUCCAUGCUGGGCCCCGUGCUGCAGGCAGCCAUCAGCAUCUUCGGCAUGGUGGGGGGCCCGCUCCUGGGGCUCUUCUGCCUGGGCAUGUUCUUCCCCUGCGCCAACCCCACGGGUGCUGUCGUCGGACUGCUGGUGGGCCUGGCCAUGGCCUUCUGGGUGGGCAUCGGCAGCCUGCUGAGCAGCAUGGGGGCGAACGGGGGGGCCCCCCCACCCAACAGCACCGCACUCCCCCCCGCGGGCAACCUCACCACCAUCCUCGCCACCACCCUGCUGCCCUCCACGGCGGCCCCCCAGAG